CACAUUCAAGGAAGCAACCCAUCACUUUUUUUUUAUUUUCAUCUGAGAUCAUCUAACAUCCUUCCUCUCGUUUCAAAAAAGACACGUUUCUCAUUUUAGUAUCACCAUACCAUGACCUGGUCACCUGCCGACUUGCUCUGGUCCCUGACUAAUAGAGCAUCCCUAACGGUGUUUGAGUCGAUAUGUGCUAAUCUGUUCCUGGUUCUUGUCGCUUCUCUUGGUGUGACUCCGGUGUACAAUCUAUUGAAGGGCAACCAAUUCCCAACCAAGGGCAAGCAUGUAUACGUUACUGGAGGAAGUAUUGGAUUGGGGCGUGCUGUAGCGAUCGAGUUGGCCAAACAAGGUGCUCAUGUCACUAUCGUAGCACGUAAAGAGGGCCCAUUAAAGGAAACCGUUGAACUUAUGAAGCAAGCUGCCGCGGCACAGAAAAUCAAGAGCAAGGAUCAUCAUGUUGAGCAAAAGUUCCAUUGGAUCAGUGCGGAUGUCUCGAACAGGGAGCAGUCGAUCCGUGCGUUGGAUGAGGCUUCUGCGUUUCACAGUGGUCAAGUUCCAGAGAUCAUCAUCAUCUGUGCUGGCACAGCCAUCCCAAAACUGUUUGUCGAAGCUUCGAUUGAGGAAUUUGAGAUGCAGAUGAGGCUCAAUUACUUUGGAGCGUUAUAUACAGUUCAUGAAGCUGUGCGACGCAUGGUCGAUACGGAUGUCAAGGGUAAGGUUGUGCUCACAGCGUCAACCAUGGGUUUAAUAGGCUUUGCAGGAUACAGCAGCUAUGCGCCUACCAAAUUCGCCGUACGAGGAUUGGCAGAAUGUUUGCGUAAUGAAUUUUUGAUGUAUGGUCUUGGUCUCCACAUUUACUUCCCGGGAACCAUGUUCACUCCUGGCUUUGAUAACGAGAACUUGACAAAGCCUUUGGUGACCAGAGAGAUUGAGGGAAGCUCAGGCAUAACGUCCGAGGAGGCUGCCAAAGGAAUGUUUAAAGGUCUCCGAAAGGGAUAUUACGCAGUAACGACUGAUUUUGAGACCGACUUUUUACGGAUCUCUGCAAAGGGAGUUACACCCAUGUCUAGCGUUGGGUGGGAUUAUCUUUUAGGACUGGUAGCACCUUUUGGAGCAGCUCAAUUUCUAUGGGAAACCAACUCCAAGGUCAAGAACUUUGGCAAGAAGCUGCUUAAAAAGGAUCUUUAAUGCAAUCUUUUAUGUAAUCUGUAGACAUUUCAAAGUUCAAGAUCUUUAUAAAUAAUAUUUUAAUAAAUAAAUGUAUG